AUGGUUGUGAGAUCGCUUGACAUAAAUAAAGAUCCAUUUCGACCUCAAGAAAAUGAUGAAGAGCUCAUUGGUGAUGAAACUCCAUAUCUCAGUGCAAUUGGGGCACUGAUGUAUCUAGCCAAUAAUACCGACCGAUAUAUGUUUUGCGGUGAGUUUAUUGGCAAGAUUCGGCCCUCCCCAACAAGAAGACAUUGGAAUGGUGUUAAGCAUAUAUUUAGAUAUCUUCAGGGAACAACUGAUAUGGGAUUAUUUUAUUCUUAUGGAUCCAAGUCAGAUAUGAUCGGGUAUGCAGAUGCAGGAUAUUUGUCUGACCCACAUAAAGCCCGAUCUCAAACAGGCUAUUUAUUUACAUAUGGAGGUACAACUAUAUCAUGGCAUUCAAUGAAGCAAACAAUAGCCGCCACUUCUUCAAAUCAUGCGGAGAUAAUAGCCAUUCAUGAAGCUAGUCGGGAGUGUGUUUGGUUGAGAUCGAUGACUCAACAUAUUCAGGAAAUGUGUGGUUUUCUUUUGAAAAUGGAUAUUCCAACUAUAUUGUACGAAGAUAAUCCGCAUGUAUUGCUCAACUGA